AUGAGCGUGACAUUGCAUACGACGCUUGGCGACGUGAAAAUCGAGUUGUUCUGCGAGGCUGUCCCGCGCGCCGCGGAAAACUUUUUGGGCUUGUGUGCCAGCGGUGCGUACGACAGCGUGAAAUGGCAUCGUAACAUGAAAGGCUUUAUGAUACAGACGGGCGAUCCAAGCGGUACGGGCAAAGGCGGGCAGUCCAUAUGGGGCGAGCCGUUUGCAGACGAGAUCCGCGCGACACUCAAGUUUCAUGCGCGGGGCGUCGUGGCGAUGGCUAACAACGUGCCGAAUUCGAACCGAUCACAGCCGCAUCUCGAUGGACGGUAUACGAUUAUCGGAAAAGUUAUAGACGGUGCCGAGCCAGGGGGCACGUUGGACGCGAUGGAAAGUGCGCCGGUGGAUGCCAAGCACCGUCCCUUGGAGGCAAUUUGCAUGACGGGCGUGACCGUGCAUGCGAAUCCCAUCGCACAACAAGCGUUGUAA